AUGUAUCAAUCAAAGUUGCUAACUGAUAAAAUCCGUCACCAUAUCAAUGUGAUACCUGAAGGUGUUCAACAUGAAACAACUAUCAGUGAUAUUAUAUGUUUAAAUGAACAAGAAAAUCAAUCAGAGCGCAAGUUUGAAUUUGUGUUACCCAAAAAUAUCAUCAAGAACUCUCUUCAUAGUUAUAUAUCAUAUAGUGAUGAAGUAUUAGGACCUGCUUUAGUCAACUUAGACAAACUUGUCCGCCUACCUACUGGUUGUGGAGAACAGAAUAUGGUACUGGUAGCACCGAAUGUUUACAUAUUAGACUAUUUAAAAUCUACACCAAUUACCAAUGAGAAUAAACAGAAUUAUAUCGAAACAGCUAAAUCACACAUUAUGUCAGGUUAUAUUCAACAGUUGAAGUAUCAACGAGAUGAUGGAUCAUUUUCUGCUUUCGGUAAGUCGGACCAACAAGGCAGUACAUGGUUGACAGCAUUUGUACUCCGUGUAUUUGCUAAAGCAUAUAAACUGGAGCCAACUUUAAAUAUUGAAUGGGACAAUCUAUUCAAAGAUGGUAUAAACUUUUUAAUAACACGUCAAAAUAUUAAGACUGGAUGUUUUCAAGAACAUGGAAAAGUUUUAUAUUCACCAUUACAAGGUAUAAGUGGAAGAGAUGAAUCCCAGUUGAAGGAUAUUCUACUUACCAGUUAUGUUAGUUCAGCACUGUUUGAAAUAAAACUAAAUGAUGCUGGCAAUAAUCGAAAUAUCAUGUACACGAGUAUAGCAAAAUAUGCAUACACUAAUGGAAUGAAAUGUCUAAGUCAUUAUCUUUUAAAUCCUGAGUCGUAUGAUGAAUUGCCGACUUCAGCGCUUGUACAAAUCACUCACACUUAUACACUAAUUCAACCGAAUUCUCAAUUCACUAUUGAAUUACACGAUAAACUAAUGCAAAGAAAACAAGUUGUACAGGAUCAAUUUGGUGAAAUGAUUUAUUGGUCAGAUAGAUUUGAUAAAUUUGCAACAGAUACAUCGAAGAUACAGAAUGAAAUUAAUAAUAAUAUUAAUAAUGAUAAUAAUAAUAAUAUUGACAACAUUGAACCACGUGAUUUAGAGUCAACAGCUUAUGCCUUUCUAAGUUUAAGUCGACUUCAACAACCAGUAAAUGCUUUAUUCCCAAUUAUACGUUGGAUAAGUUCAAAACAAAAGUCAAACGGUGGCUUCUAUUCAACACAAGAUACAGUACUUGGACUAGAAGCGAUAGCUGAGUUCUCUAAGAUAUUAGGCGUCCAUAAUCAUAAUAAUAAUAAUAAUAAUGGAGAAGAAGGGGAAACAGAUGCAUCCUAUGGCGUUCUUCAAAUAUCAAAUCAUGUGAAUAUUGGCAAUUUUAAAAUGAAUGAUUCAAUAACCUUGGAAAAACGACAAGUUAUCAAUCAGAUUGAAUUACCAUAUCUUGAAUUCAAAGAUGAUGUUGACGCUGGUGAUAAAGUGAUACAUUCUGUUUGGAAAUUAGCAAGUAAUCAAUCGAUAAAAGAUUGUAUACUAGUACAGAAUACCUUCAUUUAUAAUUUACCUGAAAUAGAAGAUGUUAAUACGAAAUUUCAACUCUCCUACAAUAUAAUAAUACCAACAGAUGAUAGAGACUGUAAAACAGCUAAACUCUCAAUGUGUUUACAGUUAAACUCUAGAAUAAAUGAAAAACCUAUCAGUACAGGAAUGUUAUUGAUACGUGUUGCUAUGGUAACCGGAUGGGAACCAAUUGUUGAACAGCUGAAUUCCCAGUUAAGCUCUGAGGAUGAUUCUUUAAAAAUGUUGACUAUCAAUGAUCAACAAAAUGAAAUUUCGCUGUAUUUUAAUGAAUUUUCUGAAGAAGAAGCUAAAGAAUUAGGGGACUGGAAACAGCUAAAACGAUGUGUUAGCGUACCAGUCAAUCAAGCCUAUUAUGUAGAAAAUGCUAAGAAUGCAACAAUAACAGCCUAUGAAUACUACUCACCAGAAGAAAGUAUUACUGUCACUUAUCGAUUAGAUGAUUAUUGUAAAGAAGCUGGGGAUAUGGAUAAAAUGCUCCGCAAGACUUCAAGUGAACCAAAACCCAUAACUAAGAUUCCCUUUGAAGAAAAUAACCUACUUAAAGUGAAAACUCUAUGCCCUAUAUGCACAGAUAAGGUGAAUGACAUUCAAUUCCUUUUAAAUGAUAUAUAUAAUUCGAUAUGUCACAAAUCCAAUGGGCUAUAUUUUCUAAAAGUUCAUGAAGUCAAAGAUAACAGUAUAAAUACUACAAUAACUCAUCUAGUACAAUCCAAUGUUAAAAUAACAUGGAAUACAAUUUUACAAAUGCCUAAUUCAAAUAAAUGCCCUUGUCAAGUAAUCAAUACUCAUCAAAAUCUAGUUGUAAUUUUUGAUAAAUUUGCUGAAAUCUUACCAGGUGUUACUAAAUUCAACAUUGAAACAUUGAGUAGACCUGCGAAAUUUUACUCAAACAAAGACAUACUACCUAUUCUUGAGUUAGCAGCCUACAAAUGGUCUAAUAGUGAGAAAAAAGCAACAUUAAAUAAUAUUCUGACUGAUGAAUUGACUAGUAGUCAGUAUUGUCAAGUAUUACCUAAUCUGAUUGAAUUUAGCAAGAAGAUGAAAUAA